AUGUGUUUCUACAACCAGAAGAGAUUUGCAUGCGGAGACUGGAGCUGGACAAGUUUCGCUCACCGCUGCAACUAUGAGUACCGCACUGGGGAGACCUGCGGCAUGAGGCUCGUCAAUAUGACUGAGUUUGAAACAACACUAUGCCGCUUGUGCGAGAAGAUCGAAACCAAGUACCGGCGGCGAAGCGCCGAGGUGGAACGCUUGAAUCGAUGGAAACGGGAGGGAAGCACUCUCGUAGCGUCCAUGGACCGGUCACAGAAACUCGUCAUGGAGCUCGAAAAAGAAAUUCGCCAACUGCAGCGGGAGCGUGACGAGAGAAGAAAGGCACUUUCAUGA